AUGCACUACGACCAGUACAGCUUCGUCACGGGUAGUACUCCUUCUAUAACCACAAAAGUCGAGUACUUCAACAAGAUCAUUGGCCAGCGCCGAGGAUUCUCUGUUGGAGAUCACCAAAAAAUCAACCACUUGUAUAAAUGCCCCCGGCCGUUGAGAAAUUCGGUAACUUCUGGAUUCGACAAAUUCAGAUUCUUCGAUGGCUUCGCUUAG